AUGAGCCGCGACACUCCCAACGCCGAGGCCAAGCCCAAGUACGACCUGGGCACGUACGGCGGCCGCCUCGCGUACUUCUACAGCACGACGAGUCCCCUCACUCUCCUGGCUUCGGGACAGCAGCUGGACGAUGCGGUCGCGUACGCGCGCGGCUGGGACGCCAAGAUCAAGGCGGCCGGCAAGGACGGCGUGUGGGUCGACGCCGACACGCGCGACAAGUACGACAAGGCCAAGCAGCUCGUCAACUCGUCCAUCCACCCCGACACUGGCAAGCCGGUCCCGCUGCCGUUCCGCAUGAGCGCGUUCGUGCCCACCAACCUCCUCAUUUGCGCGGGUAUGCUCAAGCCCAACCCGUCCCUCAGAAGCAUCAUCUUCUGGCAGUGGGCUAACCAGACUCUCAACGUCGCCGUCAACUUCUCGAACGCGAACAAGUCGAUCGAGAUGUCCCCGCAGGAGAUCGGCACGGCCUACGUCGCAGCGACGGUUACCUCUGUCGGACUCGCGGUCGGGCUGACGCGCCUCGUGCCGCGCCUGCGCGUCUCGGCCGCGGCCAAGAACAUUCUGUCCAAGCUCGUGCCUUUCGCCGCCGUCGCGUCCGCCGGAGUCGUGAACAUCUCCUGCAUCCGCUGGAAGGAGAUGCGGGACGGCGUGGACGUGUUCCAGAUCGCGACCGAUGCGCGGGGCGACGAGACCAAGACGGAUCUCGGCAAGUCGCCCCGCGCGGGCCAGAUGGCCGUCAUGCAGUCUGCCGCUAGCCGUGUCCUCACCAACAUCCCCACGCUCAUCAUCCCGCCCAUGGUCAUGACGUACCUCCAGCACCGGGGGGCUUUCGUCGGUCCCCGCGGACACACGCUCAGCAACCUCACCCAGCUCACGCUCAUUGGCCUCAGUCUCGGUCUCUUCCUGCCCCCCGCUAUUGCGUACUUCCCCCAGCGCGCUAGCGUCAGCACCGACAAGCUCGAGCCCCAGUUCCACAAGUACCACGAGAAGGUCUACUUUAACAAAGGUCUUUGA